GGCUCUUCGCCAAGGGCCCCGCCCGAUUCAUUUUGGCGCGGCCCGCCGCGCCUGCGCGCGCUGCCCCUUUGUGCUCGCCUCUUUUUGUUUCUGCCGGGCGCGCCGCGGGCGCUGGCCAGUGCACCAUCCGCGCACAUGCGGGAUCUGACGCGGGAACGGGCGAUGGCGCAGGAGAGGCGCCAGAAGGCGCUCGCGGGAACGCGCGGCCCAAGGGACAAUGGGACGGGAGUGCUGGCCGCGGCUGGGCGGCAAAUGCUGCUAGAAGGCAAUCUGGACGGCGCGAUCGUCGCUUUGAGGACGGCCUUCGAGCAGGACCCGUCCCUGGCGAGGGAGGUCGGUACGAACUCAGAGAAGGUGCGGCGCGCCUCGAGCUCCAAGGCGGCGCGACGCGGGGAGCCCGCGGCCAUACUGGAGAGCCUCUGCAUGUGCCUGGCGAAGAAGGGCGACUGGCCCGGGGUGCACGAGUACUGCAGCCUGGCGCUGGACCGCCGCCCCGACCUCCAGCAGCAGCUCCCAGAGGA